GGAAGAAAGAGGACUAAGACGAUGAUAAAUCUUGAAGAACUGUACCAGUCGAAAAUAUUUACGACGAAGUGACAGAAUUGGAAGAGACAGUUGUGACACAAGUAAAGAGCUAGAAGAACGGUAGUCAGUGCGUUCUGUUUGACGCAACAAAACCCGGACAUAUUAUAUCAAUCAGUUUUGUUUCGGCAUUACAACGAAAUUAUGAUGAAGUUAUUUAAUAUUUACAUCAAAUAAAAAUAGGAAAAGAUUAGAGCUUGUCCACGUAACCCAGCCAAAAAAAGUCAGUCCGUUACAUUUUGAAAUAAUUAUAGCUCCGCAAUGAAAUAACGUAAUAGUCUGGGCAAUGUCUUAUUUUGUAGAGUAAACUAUCUUCUUUGGAAUGACAGUCAAGCAACCUCUCAUGAGCAUUUAUUUAAAAAGUUACAACUCAAAUUAUUAAAUAUCUGGGAAGAACGAACUGCACAAGAUACACGAAUGAACGACAUCGAUUUUGCCAAAACAUUAUUUUAUUUUGUUUGGCAACAUAUGAAAAAUAAUUGUACAUCAUCAACUAUUCAAAAACAAAUUUAUCCACAAAAAUCUUAUAACCUAUAUUCAAAAUGUUUGGAUUAUUUGUACAAAGAUAAUCAUCGUUUAAGUCCAUUUCUCACCUUGAAUACAAACGUCAAUUUUUCUGAUAAAGUACAAACAAGCGAAACAAUCAUAUCAACAAUGGAUGAUAGAAAAAAAGAUGAUUUUUUGAUACCAAAUAUUAUAUCAGAUGAUGAUGUAUUAGCAACAACACGGAAAACUUUUUUAACGAAAGAGGUAUCAAAAUGUUUACCUGUUUGUUCAUCAUCGACUAUCAAAUCUGAUCAACAACCAAGUUUAACUUGGAUAGCGAAUAGAACACGGAGUAAUAAUAAUUUAAAUAAUAGUAAUAACAUUACUGUCAAUAGCAAUAAAAAUCAUUUUACCUUAACACAACAAAAUUUACUUCAUACAAAGAAUGAUUUGAUGGCAGUGUCAAUCGAUUGCGUUGAUUGGAACAAAGAAACACUAUCUACAUCGUCAUCAUCCGAUGAUGAUGAAACAGCGGAAAAACUUCGACAUAAAGAAGUUGAUGCAUUAUCAAUAUUACAAUUUUUACAAGAAUAUUUACAAAAUGGUAAUAGUGAUGUGCUCAUGGAUAUAAUAAGGCAGAUUGCUAAUGAAGUAACAGCUACAUCAAACAAUAACAAUAAUCAAAAUAAUAAUCACCGACGAAAAAAGACAAAUUCGUCUGCACUCUUCGGUCAUGAAGACAGUUAUGGUAUAAAUACAAAUCACGAUAAAAAAGCGAAAAAAGACAAGAAAGAUGAUGUAUAUAAAAAAAACGAUAAAGAUGAUAAAAAAGAGAAGACUGUCACUAUGAAAAAGGACAAAGAUAGUUCUAGUUCGAAAAAUAAGAGAAAGGUAAAAAGCAAAGAUAAAUUAUCGGAACCUGAUGCUGACUCGGAAACAUCAGGUGGCGAAUCAGAUGCUGAAUCGCGAACGCCAACGGCCUCAUUUAAGGUGUUGUCACCGAUUGAGGAAUUAGCUGUUCAAUCAUCAUAUGUCCCAUCACAAGCCGAAUCAGCCAGUUCACCACCUUUCAGUGUAUCGGUACCACCAUCAAAUUUACAAAUGCAAUCGGAUGGUAGCUUUGGUGUUUCAGGAACAAAUAUCUCACAACAAGCAACAUAUACAAUGGCCUCAUCACCAAAACAACAACAAUAUGGUGCCGCACAACAACAAUCAGGAAAACAGAAUAUCAGUGUUCAACAACAACUACAGCAAUUGACGCAGAUGGCUCGUGACGGAGAUGAAAUAUUAAUUACUCUCAGUUUGAAUUCAUUAGUGAGUUUUGAUCGAUACUAUCUUCAGCAGCAACAAUGGUUACCACAAAGAAUGCAACAGCAGCAACAAAUUUCAUCAAUGCCAAAAAAUUUGGAAAUUGUUGCCAAAGGUUUUGCACGUAUUCAAAAUGAACCUUUGCAAAUGUCUCAACAGCCACCGCUUCAGAAUGUGAAUGGUCAGCAACAAACAGGCUAUGGGGAAUAUUCAAUGUAUAGCACUCAUGCAGUGCAACAAGCUGCAGAUGGACACAGAUAUCCCGUUCCGUGCGGUUCGGCUGGUCUUCCUUCAAUGCCUAUCGGACUACCCAUGAGGCCAAUGGGUCCUUCAAUCAAUCCGAUGAUAAUGGGUCAACCACUUACAAAUCAAAUGAUGAUGGGUUCAUUAGGACCACGAAAUUGUCGAUCACCACUGCCUCACCGGAGACUUGAUCAAUACGACGACCACGGCGACUGUAUUGUACAUUGUAUGGACUCAAUGUAUAAUCCAGAUUUUCGCGGUCGACCUCCUCCGCGUGGUGGAUUGCAUCCGUCUUUCUUUAAAAAUGAUUCUAAUACAACAACAUAUAAUCGUGGUACCAUGUCCAGAUCUCCCCAAGGAGAAAAUAAUAGUCGUACACAACUACAAUCAAAUAAUAAUAGCAAUAAUAGUCAACGGCAAUUAACUGGUGGUAAUAAUGUGGAUGUAUUAGUUCGAGCAGUGAAAUAA